AUGUUCUUCAAGUCCAUCGUCGCCGCGGCGGCGUCUCUCGCGACCCUGUCUGCGGCAGCGCCCACCGCCCACCGUGCCUCUGGAGAGGUCAUCCCGGGCAGCUACAUCAUCAGGCUCAAGGACAACGUCAAGACCGACACCCACCUGUCGUGGGCGAACGGCAUCCAUGCCCGCAGCGCGGGCAAGGACGACUUUUCGGGCAUCCUGCGCGAGUUCAAGGGCCAUUCUUUCCACGGCUACUCUGGCCACUUUGACAAGGACACCAUUGCCAAGAUCGAUGCCAGCGACGAGGUCGCUUACGUCGAACCGGACAGGGUGUGGUACCUUGACGACUUCAUCGUCUCCAAGCCCAAGGCGAAGCGGGAGCCCACCACUCAGAGCCCUGCGCCUUGGGGCCUCGCCGCCAUCACUCACCGUGAGCCAGGCGCUACCGAGUACCCGCACGACAGUGCGGCCGGCGAGGGUGCCUUCGCCUACGUCGUUGACAGCGGUAUUCGAGUCUCCCACCGCGAGUUUGAAGGCCGCGCCUCCAACGGCUGGACCGCGUAUGAAGGCAAGGUGGAGGACACGUCCGGUCACGGCACUCACGUUGCCGGCACCAUCGGCGGCGUGACCUUUGGCGUCGCCAAGAAGGCAAACCUCAUCAGCGUCAAGGUUUUCGAGGGACGCGAGACCGCUACUUCCAUCAUCAUUGCCGGCUUCGACUGGGCCGUCAGCGACAUCAUCUCAAACGGCCGCCAGAACAACGCUGUCAUCAACAUGUCGCUUGGCGGCCCCAAGACGCAGGCCUGGAACGAUGCCAUCGACAAGGCCUUCUCCGAAGGCGUCCUGUGCGUCGUCGCCGCCGGCAACUACAAGGUUGACGCGAAGGACACGUCGCCUGCCUCCGCGCCCAGCUCCUUCACCGUCGGCGCCGUCAACGAGAACUGGGAGAUUGUCACCAACUGGGACAACGGCCAGGGUUCCAACUUCGGCGCCGUCCUGGACAUCUUCGCGCCCGGCGACAACAUUGAGUCGGCCAGCUUUAAGAACGACGAGGGCAGCCUGAUCAUGGGCGGCACCUCGAUGGCCUGCCCCCACGUCGCCGGCAUGGCCCUGUAUGCCAUGACUGUCAACGGCGUCCAGGGCGCCCAGGCUGUCACCGACCAUCUUCUUAAGAACGCUGGCCAGGACGUCGUCCGGGGACCCAUCUACGACUCCCCGAACCGCAUGGCCAACCUGGGCAACUAA